AUUAGCUGUGCAGUCAGGAUGGACCUCCCUAUUUUGACUACAGUCCUUCUAGGACUUGUCCUGACUCCAGCCCUUGCUGAUUACUCUCAGAAGUCGGGUAACAACUGCCAGGUCUCUGUUGGUGGUGUUUUCCAAAAUCUGACUCUCAGUAGUCUGACACGUGUGGUGGUUAUUGAACAAAGGAGCAACCAGUUCUCAUGGAAAACUGUCUGGAACUACAACACGGGUAUCAUUGCAACCAAAUUGGUGCAACAGAACACCUGCUACAUUUCUGUCAUGAACAGAAAUGAGAUGCCCAGCUUUGAGAAUCUAGCCUACCUGGCUUCACAGAAUGGGAACCAGGCUGGCCUUGGAAGACCUACCAAGAAGAUUGCCUUUGUCACCAAUGGACUGGUCAACAACCUCUACUCCUAUGGAGCAGAGAUCAUGGCUAUGUGCAGUGGACUCCCCACCUACAUGGCUACCGAAGUUAACACUUUGCAAGGACUCCAGGUGAAUCUGGGAUCAUGCAUAACCCUUGAAGUCCUGAGAAUUGUGGAGCUGAAUUACUGCAAUGGCAAUGGCAAUUGGAAUGGCAAUUUCCCGUCUCAGCAGAUUCCAGGUGGCAUCUUCAACAACACACAGGGCAGCAUCUUCAACAACACUCAAGUCAUCAUUGGUGGCCAAUCCCAAAUUGUGUCCAUCAACAGGCAAUGGCGUGUGGCUGUCAUUGAGCAAAGGAACUUCAGCAGGUCCUGGAAAACCAUCUGGAACUACAACAGGGGCAUCAUUGCAACCAAAGUCCCACAACAGAACGCCUGCUACAUUUCCAUCAUGAACAGAAAUCAGAUGCCCAGCUUCAAUAAUCUGGCUCACCUGGCAGAAGAGAGCAGGAACCAGUUUGGUCUUGGAAGACCUACCAAGAAGAUCACCUUUGUCACCAAUGGAUUGGUCAGCAACCUCAGGUCUUAUGGAUCAGAUGUCUUCUCUAUGUGCAGUGGACUCGCCACCUACAUGACUUAUGAAGUUCAUGGAGUCCAAGUCAAUCUGGGAUCAUGCAUUGCCCUGGAUGUCCUGAGAGUUGUGGAUCUGAAGUACUGCUCUGGCAAUGGCAAUGGACAAUCUCAGCAGAUUCCAGGUGGCAUCUUCAACAACACACAGGGCAGCAUCUUCAACAACACUCAAGUCAUCAUUGGUGGCCAGUCCCAAGUUGUGACCAUCAACAGGCAAUGGCGUGUGGCUGUCAUUGAGAAAAGGGCUGGCAUUGGGUCCUGGAAAACCAUCUGGAACUACAACAGGGGCAUCAUUGCAACCAAAGUCACACAACAGAACACCUGCUACAUUUCUAUCAUGAAGAGAAGUGAGAUGCCCAGCUUCAAUAACCUGGCUCGCCUGGCAGAAGAGAGCAGGAACCAGUUUGGUCUUGGAAGACCAACCAAGAAGAUCACCUAUGUCACCAAUGGAUUGGUCAGCAACCUGAGGUCUUAUGGAUCAGAUGUCUUCUCUAUGUGCAGUGGACUCACCACCUACAUGACUUAUGAAGUUCAGGGAGUCCAAGUCAAUCUGGGAUCAUGCAUUGCCCUGGAUGUCCUGAGAGUUGUGGAUCUGAAGUACUGCACUGGCAAUGGCAAUGGACAAUCUCAGCAGAUUCCAGGUGGCAUCUUCAACAACACACAGGGCAACAUCUUCAACCACACUCAAGUCAUCAUUGGUGGCCAGUCCCAAGUUGUGACCAUCAACAGGCAAUGGCGUGUGGCUGUCAUUGAGAAAAGGGCUGGCAUUGGGUCCUGGAAAACCAUCUGGAACUACAACAGGGGCAUCAUUGUAACCAAAGUCACUCAGCAGAACACCUGCUACAUUUCCAUCCUGAACAGAAAUCAGAUGCCCCGCUUUGAUAACCUGGCUCACCUGGCACAAGAGAGCAGGAACCAGUUUGGUCUUGGAAGACCUACCAAGAAGAUCACCUUUGUCACCAAUGGAUUGGUCAGCAACCUGAGGUCUUAUGGAUCAGAUGUCUUCUCUAUGUGCAGUGGACUCACCACCUACAUGACUUACGAAGUUCAUGGAGUCCAAGUCAAUCUGGGAUCAUGCAUUGCCCUGGAUGUCCUGAGAGUUGUGGAUCUGAAGUACUGCACUGGCAAUGGCAAUGGACAAUCUCAGCAGAUUCCAGGUGGCAUCUUCAACAACACACAGGGCAACAUCUUCAACCACACUCAAGUCAUCAUUGGUGGCCAAUCCCAAAUUGUGUCCAUCAACAGGCAAUGGCGUGUGGCUGUCAUUGAGCAAAGGAGCUUCAGCAGGUCCUGGAAAACCAUCUGGAACUACAACACGGGCAUCAUUGCAACCAAAGUCACGCAACAGAACGCCUGCUACAUUUCCAUCAUGAACAGAAAUGAGGUGCCCCUUUUUGAUAACCUGGCCCGCCUGGCAGAAGAGAGCAGGAAUCAGAUUGGUUUUGGAGGAACUUUCAAAAAGAUCACCUUUGUUGCCAGUGCAUUGGUGAACAACCUGAGGUCUUAUGGAUCAGAUGUCUUCUCUAUGUGCAGUGGACUCACCACCUACAUGGCUUAUGAAGUUCAUGGUUUCCAAGUACCCCAGGUGAAUCUGGGAUCAUGCAUUACCCUCGAUGUCCUGAGAGCUGUGGAUCUGAAGUACUGCACUGGUAAUUUCCAUGGCAAUGGACAGUCUCAGCAGACAGGGAACAACUGCCAUUUCUCUGGUGCCUGUGUUUUCCAAAACAUGACCCUCAGCAGUCAAACGCGUGAGGUGAUAAUCGAGCAAAGGAGCCAGCAGUUCUCCUGGAGAACCAUCUGGAACUACAACACGGGCGUCAUUGCAACCAAACUGGUGCAAGAGAGAACGUGCUACAUUUCCACCAUGAACAGGAGUGAGAUGCCCACCUUUGAUGCUCUCAUCAGAUAUGCUUCAGAGAACAGGAACCAGGUUGGCCUUGGAAGACCUACCAAGAAGAUUGCCUUUGUCACCAAUGGACUGGUCAACAACCUCUACUCCUAUGGAGCAGACAUCAUGGCUAUGUGCAGUGGACUCCCCACCUACAUGGCUUAUGAAGUUCAGGGAUCCCAGGUGAAUCAGGGAUCAUGUAUCUCUCUUGACGUCCUCAAACUUGUGGAUCUGAGUUAUUGUGGUGGCAAUAUCAAUUCCUGAAAACCUGAUCUUUCUUCAAUCAAGAACAGAGGGUCUGAGCUGCUGCCCAAGGCAAACCCUGGUGCAAUUCUUCCCUCACAUCUCCUUUUAGAGAUGGUCUUGGGGAUUUGGAUGCUGACACAGAUCAACUGGUGACCACAUUUUCAAAUAAAGUCCUUUAUUAUGUUUUAA